UAUUCAAUUCUAAGUUUUUCUAAACCGUGCUCUAUUGGUUUGGUCUAAGUUGGAUUUGAAUAUACUGGAAUCAUUGCAAUUUUCUACCUUAUGAAUUCUGAUAUGAUUCCAACCAACACCGUCUCCGCCUGGAUUGAUUCCGACGUUCAUUCCGGCAGCAAUGGAGGAGGAGGUGGAGGAGAAUCUUUGCAUGCCGGAUUACUUGAUUCGGCCAACCACGCUGAAUUCAUAUUGCCUAUCUCCAUAUGUGCUCCUGCUGUUCGAUCUCGCUGGUUCAAAGUUAAUGUAGGCUUCAGAUUCCUUCACACACUCAAACAUCCUCUAUCUUCUUCGUACAUUGCUGUUUCGCAGGUGGAUCCUGAAAACGAAGGCGUGACUGUAAUAAACAUUCAGGACGAGGAAUCUGUUAUCGCGGAUGCUGAUAACAACGAAGCAACUGGACCAUCUUCUCCAAACAAUCAAGCGACUCAUACGAUUGCUCGUCGUACUCGCUCCUUAGUCAAGAACAUCAUGAAUGACGAGGACUUGAACUCGCUGAUAAAUUCUGGCUCUGAUCAGUUCGUUGCUUCCAUUUUCAACUCUGACUUGGAAUCUGGACUUGGAUUGGAAGGUCUUCAAGAAGUACUUACCACAAUGAAGUCAAGUGAUCGUUCUGUAAAAUCAUUAGCCAGCUAUUUCAUUGACGAAGCCAAAAGCUGGGAUAUCGUGUUGCUCGUAAUCGCCGGGGUAUUGUCCUUGGUAUUAGGGAUGUUCGAUGUUGGACCGCACAGUGGUUGGCACGACUCCUUGGCAAUUUUUCUUGUCAUUCUGCUUCUUAUCACGGUCCCAUCGCUGACCAAAUUCCGUGAGGCUAAGAAGCUGGAGAAGAAGUUGCACAAGGAAGAGGAGAAAGUGGGGGUAAUUAGGGACGGACGGAGACAAGAAAUUGCAGCUUCUAGCGUUGUGGAAGGCGACCAAGUGAUUCUUGUAGAGGGGAUCCGAGUACCGGGAGAUGGUUUUCUUGUUGGUGGAACUGACGACGGGCUGGAUUUUGAUGUACGUCCAAAUAAGCCUUCUCUUCGAUAUGGCUAUAAGGUUGUUUGUGGGACUGGCCAGAUGAUGGUUACAUCAAUUGGUUGUGAUACAAAAAUGGGGAAACUGAUGAGCGAGGUGAAUUAUGACCUGAAUGCACCAACUUGCUUGCAGUCUUGGAUUCUUGGGCCAAUGAGUUACAUGGAUAGAUUGUCAUUGUGUAUUUCAAUCUUUGUUAUUAUAGGCAUAUUUAUCCAUUUCAGGCACAAGAACCAUGAUAAGUCACUGCCAGAAAUGAAGGGUAAACCCCCAGUGGAAAAUCUAAUGAGUUUAUUUAUGAGAAGCUUGUUAAGACCUCGAGGUUUGGUUCGUUUUCUAGUCACCGCACUCUCAACAUUGGUUACGGUUUAUCAGCAGGGAGUGUCUUUGGCCAUCAGUCUUGCACUCUCUUACUGGAUUGACAAGAUAAAAUCGAUUCGCAAUGAUGAUGGUCAUGUUUCUCACCCUCAAAACUUGUCAGCUUGUGCCACCAUGGGUUUUGUCAAUGCCGUAUGCUUCGACAUUUCUGGUGAAACUGUGCUUCAAACGAUGGAAAUUGGUAAAUUCUUCGUUGGUGACAAGGAAUUUGGUCUUAGAGAAGAAUCUUACCACUCUUUUAGACUCUUACUGCAACAGAAUGGUGUAAAUAUCAAUAAAGAUUUGAGAAGCCCAAUAGACAGUUUGAUUGAACCUUUGUUGCAGCCAAUGAUGGGUGAAGAAUCCAGGGUCAAUAAGUCUUUUGCUGAUAAGAUUAGUAAAUCGAACUCAGGCAAAGAAAUCCUUCUAAUUAAGCAUGGACAAGACAUCCUCCAUUGGAGAGGGCCAGCAAAACGAAUACUAGAUAGAUGCUCAUGGUAUUCUAAACUUGAUGAUGGAACAUCAGUCCAAAUGUCACCAAAUCAGAGGAUAAAAGUUGAUGAAAUUAUUGCAAAGAUGGAAGAUGAUUGUUUCCAUCCAAUUGCAUUAGCUUACAAGCAAACCGUAGACCAAGAACUAAGACAGUGCGAUUUGAUCUUGUUAGCUAUACUUGGAGUUAAGUUUAAAGAUGAAGCUAUAUCUACACUUGAAGCCCUUAAGAAUGAAGGUGUGAUCAUCAAGAUAAUCUCAGAGGACAGGUUAGAUGAGGUUAAGUCGAUACUUGACCAACCUUUAAUUUCUGGCUCAAAAUUCAUUUUUAUUGAAGGCGAAGUAUUCCCUGAAGAGAAUUUGACAACUGAGAUUAUGGUGAUGGACAAAUUUAUGGCACUUGACAAGCUUAAAAUGGUACAACAUCUGAAGCAAGAAGGCUACAUUGUUGCUUUUUAUGGAGGCGGGCAGAGUUGUUUUGAUGCUCCUUCUUUGAGAGAAGCAGAUGUGGGAUUGAUAAUAGAACCUGGAAGCACUGAAGUCACAAAAGAGGUUACUGAUGUUGUCAUAGAUGGAGGCAUAAGUUUAUCAGCAUUCGGUAUAUUGUUGAGCUUGUGUAGAGGCAUCUCCAGUAACCUUCAGAAGUUCAAUGAACUUCAGCUCAUUGUUUGUGUUUCUGGAUUGAUUAUUAACUCAGUAUCGAGUUUGGCUUUGGGAGAAUCCACAAUGACAACAAUUCAAGUGAUAUGGGCAAACUUGGUGAUCUGCUUUCUUGGUGGGUUGAUGAUGAGAAUAAGGUUUCCAAAUUGUGAGAUGAAUAAGGCUUCUGAUAGACGUCUAGGCUCAAGGACUAAUCAACUGACCAAAGGCAUGUGGAUGAACUUUGUGAUUCAAGUCCUUUAUCAGGUUUCUGUUCUCAUGUUCUUUCUCUUUGAAAAACACAUUACAAAAUUACUUGGAAUCAACCAGGAUGUAAAGAACACGUUUGUGUUCAACAGUUUUAUCCUCUGCCAAGUUGUCAAUGUAUUGAAUACCAUACAACUGGACAAGAAAGAAGUCUUCCACAUAACAAUGAAGUGUUAUACCUUCUCAGCAACCUUGGUGACUAUUCUGGUUGUGCAGGUUUCACUGGUUCAAUUUGUGAGUUGUCUUACCAAUUUUCACAAGUUGAAUUGCGUUCAAUGGGUGGAAUGUUUCAUCGUUGCACUGCUUCCAUGGGUAUGUCGUCUUAUACUCAAAAGUCUAUCAAACCAUGGAGCAUUGUUUGUUACCUCAUUCCAUCGUUGCUAUUCUCCGUAUUCAUUGGAUACUCGUUUUACACGUUAUUUUAAUACUGUGGCUAGCUAGCUAGACAAUGUUGUUAUAUAAUAUAAUUAUGGAGGUAAAUUAUGCAUGCCGAGGGUCCCAAUCUCCGGAGCCUUCCAUUUAUAUAGGCAUGUUUUGUUACAGCAGUAGAAGAGGCUGGAGAUUAUAGAUUUAAUGUAACUGCUAUAAUUUAGUUGUUGAAAUAAUAAAUUAUUAUGUUCUUUAUUUUGUUGUUUGAAUCCCUUUUGAUCUACCUAGUUUUGGGUAAAACUAAUUCAUAUGUUUUGCAUUUGGGGAAAAUGUCUUCAUGC